CUUUACCAUUGACUGUUACUCACCAAUCUUGAUUUGCUUGAGCUCACAGGGGACACGUUCUAAGCAUUUAUUCUUUUCUGUUUCUGCUCAAAUUUCGGUAGACACUGAGUGCUGCUUCUGUUUUCAAGCUAUGAUUUUUUUAAUUUUUAAUUUUUGGAUUUAAAUGGGAUAAUUUGCAUAUCUAGGGUUAAUGAUUUUUUAACCAUUUGUGUUUUCAGGGUUACUUUUCACAAGCAGUCUUUUUCUUCUUUAUUUCUCUCUCUCACAUUUUCGCAUUUACAAUCUUCACCAUUCUCUCUCAAUUCUAUUGGAUUGUACAGAUUUUCACCAGAAAUGCCCAUAUAAUCUUUUUAUUUCUGUUUAUUAUUAUUAUAUAUAAAAUAAUUAAACUGAGAAAAUACUCUGGGUUUAUUGGAUUCUGCUUUUCUUAAGCAAGCUUGCUUUCUGGCCUUGUUUCAGAAAAAUAGUCUUCUUGUAGCUGCUGUAUAUGCCUUGAAUACAUACAUGUUGAGUUGGUGAAUGGUUAGAAUGGAUAAGUUAUUAGAGUUUGGUAGAAGAGCCAUGUUUUAUGUGAGAGUUCUUUCUGGAUAUGAAGAACGAAGAAUUCGAUCUUACAGGUUGCAGCUUGAUAAGCGUCUCCAACAGGCACAAGAAAGGAAGACAGCCUUAAGAAAACUCCCUGAGCAAGCCAUAUUAGGGGAGGUUCGCCGUAUGGUUGAGGAGAUGCAGAAUUUAAAUAAGAAGCUAGAAGAAACAGAGGCUGCCAUUGAAGAAUACUUCAAACCAAUUGACAAGGAAGCUGAGUAUAUAAUGAAAAUACAGCUGGAAGGAGAGGAGAAGACAAUGAGGGAGAUGAUGGCAGCUAUGCAGAGACAGGCUUUGCUUGAGAAGGCUGAAGCAGAAAAACUUGCAAACAAAAAGGAACAUACCGAGGAACCGGCAUCCACCACUGCUGAAAAACAUGCUGAGAUGAGAUAAUUUUUUGAAAUGCUGUGGGUUUGUGGUAGAAAUUGAAUUGAUUCUGAACAGAGCAUGUUCCGUAGAGCUUUUUUUUUUUUUCAUUCUGAGAUCAAUUUAUUUUUAUGCCUUCUGGCCAUGGUCCCUCCAUACAGUUGAGGACUUUAAAAAUAUCUGAUUUAGAUAAGCAACAUUUUGUCAGAUUAUUAAUUACAAUCUCAAAUAAGCAACAGAGAGCUUAUGUUGUACCAA